AUGGCAUCCCUUAAGGCACUGCGGCUGCCGCGGCCCAAGACGUUUUGCGGGCUGAUGAGCCUCCAGACGGGCACGGAGAUGAUCGCGCUGGCUCUGUUGUUCAACAAAAUCACCGGCCUUUACGGGCUGCUCGCCAUUCUCACCGGCUACAGCCUCUCGGUCGUGCAGUUUUCGCUCUACGUCUACUCGGUCCUCGCGCUGGGCAUUCUCGCAUUCUGCCUGCCCCACAUUCGCAAGCAGACGCCCUUCCAGAACCUCGCCUUCGCAUGGCUUUACAUCAUCGACACGGUUGUCAACACGGCCUACACUACACUGUUCGCGGUGAGCUGGUUCCUGGCUCUGGAAGAUGUUGGACCGAAGCAGGCGGAGCCGACCGAGACGGACGAGCCAGCGAUGGGCGGAGUCUUGGGUGCGGUCGACACCACGACGAGCAUGACGCUGAUUGUGAUGUUCACCCUCAUCCGGGUUUACUUCAUGUUUGUGGUGAUGGCGCACACACGCUCGGCGCUGCUGCAGUACCGUGAGGGCGGCCAGCGCGAGUGGGACGACGAGUCACAGUCUACCGAGAACCCGUUUGCGGUGGGUUCGCCGGAGGGGGCGGGCUGGAAGGGCAAGGUCGGAAGGACUAUGGUCUCUGUGGGUAGAGGCUACUGGCUGCCCAGCCUGGCCGAGAAAGACGAGUGGGCCAGGAGUAUGAACUCGAGAUUUCGCGGGAAGGCGUCUGCGGCAUGA